GAGAACCAAGCCUCAAGCAGCACAACAUCCCACCAUUUCAUCUCUCUCUCUCUCUCUCUCUCUCUCUCUUAUACAUAAAAGAGUGCAAUAAGUCUCGAGUUCUUUUAGUUUUUAGUUCAAGUGCAAAAUGAAGGCAUCAUAUGUAGCAAUUUGCACUCUCUUUGUGCUGCUCUUAGGUGAAGCACAAGUAACAAUGGCAGUAACAUGCAACCCAACACAACUCAGCCCCUGUGUAGGUGCAAUCACAUCAAGUUCUCCACCAUCAUCAGCUUGCUGCAGCAAGAUCAAGGAACAGAAGCCUUGCCUUUGCCAAUACCUCAAGAAUCCAAAUCUCAAGAAAUUCAUCAACACACCAAAUGCUAGGAAAGUUGCUAGCACCUGUGGAACUCCAUUCCCCAAGUGCUAAAAAACUUGGGUCACUCUCAAUUUUCUCUAUCCUGUUUCUUGUUAAUCAGCAUUUCAGGAUUCCAGUAAAGGGUGGAGAGACUGAUUUAGAGAGUUAAUUUAUGUUCAAAAUUUGGUGUGGUAUAUGUUAUUUACUUUAGUGGAGCACUAGCUAGUUGUUAAUGGAAAUAAUUUGUUGGGUCACAUUCUCAUGCGCCCAACUUUGUUCUUUGGUGUGUUUUCAUCAUGUAAUGGGUGUUACCAGUUGGAUCAAUUAUGACUAUUGUAAUGGAAAUUUAAAUUAUCUCCGGUUAAAAUCCA